AUGUCUGAUCCCACAAUGAACAGCCCCGACAAUGGAUCGCACAAGCGCAAGAGAGAUGGCUCAGAAGAUCUAGGACCUGAUCCUCAGCGUCUAAACCGCUCGUCUCACGGUAGCAACGGCAGCAUGGGAGACAACCAGCACAACUUCGGUCACAGUGGACUUGGCAACUAUGACCAUGGUCUUCCCAACACUGGAGCUGAGCUCAACAUUGACCAGCAGAUCCUUCAACACGUUGGCCCGCAAAAUGGUCUGUCUGAUGAUAACGCGCUGACAGCCAACGCCAAAGCCGCCCUCGCUGCACACACCCCUCAACACAAAUACCCCCCUCCUCCUGAUGCUGGAUUCGAUGCGAGCAACCUUACCCAGGGUCUGUCUUUCGAUGAAAUGAACCAGACUCCUAUGGGUGGCGCCCACAACCACAACUCGACUGCUGCUGCGGUCUACGCCGCGCGUGAGGCACAAAGCAUGAAUCAGAAGCCCACUGUCGGUUCUCCGGAAUGGCACCAAAUCCGCAAGAACAACCACAAAGAAGUUGAACGUCGCCGUCGUGAAGCUAUCAACGAAGGCAUUAACCAGAUUGCCCGUCUCGUGCCCAACUGUGAUAAGAACAAGGGCGCCAUACUCCAGCGUGCCAUCGAAUACAUUCUCCAGCUACAAGAAGAGAAGAAGAAUACCGAGGAGCAGUUUGAAAAGCACAGUCUCACUGCCAACCACGCCAUUGCCGAGAUUAGCAACUCCAACUCCAAGCUGAAGGGCGAGGUCAGCCGACGCAACAACCUUGCUUUGAAGUGGUUGCAGCGUUGCCGCGAUGCCGGUCUAGAGUUCGAUGACUAUGAGGACUCAAAAGAGCUAGAGACACUGGAGAUGGAGUAG